AUGUAUGGCGACAAAACAUCCGAGAAUGUCAACAAAUGUAGGUUUGCAUUGUUCAAAUUGGGAAAGUGUUCUGAUGACAUGCUACCGCCAACAUGUGAAAGCUUGCUGCAACACAUACGUCGGGCAAACUAUCAAGCAGCUAUUUGGCGCCAGUGUCUUGACGCAGAAAUGGAUAUCCCUCCUGGUUGUCAUGGAUGGCGGAUAGUCGACGGAGAGUUGAAGAUCGUGUGGUUGACCCGUCCUCCGGCACGGGACUCGAUACUUGAAUUCAUCCAUUGUGGUUGCAAGACUGGUUGCGAAACUCACCGUUGUUCGUGCAAGAAAGCCAUGAUCCAAUGUACAGAUGUAUGUACUUGUGCUGGGUGUAUGAAUGCAGCGAUUGAUGACGAACAGUCAGACAAAGAGAUGGAAGAAGAGGAAGAGCUCGGUUUGGAUAUGGAUAAUGAUAUUUAAAGUAGCUCCCUACAUUUUAUAGAAAUGUUGAAAAUGCACAAAUUAGAUCAACUCUUUGAAGAGAUGUUAUUUGCUAGAAAUCAAAAAUAACACUUCACUAAAAAAUACGCAUGGUUAACCGAAUUUUUUAUUUCAGGAAACAUUUUCUUGUAGUACGACAAAAUAUUUGACCAAUUUUAAAAACAAAUCUGUUGAGCUAAAUUUAAAAGAAUUAUAAACAUGGUUUUUCGAAAUAAUUUUUUUGGCUCUUCAGAAUUUUAAAACAUAAUAUUUUUAUUUUAAUAUAUUUUUUUAAUAUCUUGAAUCGUCAUUGUUGCCAUAGCAACAGCGAUGACGUCGCUCUUGUGACCAAUUUCAAAUUCUUUGACUGUUGCUUUAUAAAAGUUGCACAAUUGUUGUUACUUCUGUCAAGUAAUAUUCCUUCAAAAAGUUUGAUCUAAUUUUUGAUUUCCUCCUAUUUUUAAAUUGAAGGGAGACACCUCAAGUUGUAUUUUAGUUGUAUUAAUAUGUUUAAAUCAGUUCGUGUGAAAUACUAACCGUCAACGUCAAUUUUUGUCCGAUGUUUUCGAGUUUAUUGUGAAUAAACCGCGCUCAAUUGUCCUUGCGCGUGUAGUUCUCCCAUUGAACUAUAAAUAAACUGGAAGGCUAACUGCUAUGAUGAAGGCCUAUGAUUUGAUGAAGCCAAAAUAGUUUUUCUGAGUUAUGAGCAGAAAUACUUGAUCCCAAACGUCGAGCUAUAUAUCAAAUUGAAGCUAUUGAAAAUUGCUAUUCGCUGUGGAAAUUUCAAGACUUCAGCGAAAAGAAAAAUAUUUAAAAAAUACAAAAACAACUGCAAAACGGCAAAUUAUCGGUAAUUAUGUAUGUAAUUUUUCAAUAUUUCCCUUUUAGCUAAAGUCUUGAAAUUUCUACACCAAAUAGCGUUUUUCAAUAGCUUCAAUUUGAUAUGUAGCCCAACGUUAAGUGUUGAGUAUUUCUGCUCAUAACUCAGAAAAACUAAAAUACACUGGCUUCAAUUUCCCCCCCUGAGUUAGCCUUCCAGUUUAUUUAUAGUUCAAUGAGUUCUCCCCCCUGGAAAGAGCCUGAGACUAGUUACUUCAACAUAUUUUACAUGAAGUUCCUUGGAAACAAAAUGGCGGAUUUCGAAUUUCGAGGAGUGCCAAUUGUUGAAAUUCAAAUGCAAAUUUCUAAAAAACUGCAGGUUUCUAGCAGUGCCAACAAGCAGAAAUGUGAAAGGUGAGUAAAAAUUUAUAUAUUCUGAGUUUUUGGCGUAGUCUCCGAAGGUGUCCAACGAAACUGAACGAUAAUUGGCUUGGGAAUACGGACUAUUUAACGAGUUUAGGUUUUUGUCGAGUGUCGAGGGUCCAAUGUCGAGGGUGAGGGUAAAAAGUCGAGGGUGAGGGUAAAAAGUCGAGGGUGAGGAUAAAAAGUCGAGGGUCAUAAAAAAGUUGAGGGUUGUAUUUUUACGACAGCUAUAGACAACUACUAACGAUAAAAGAGUUUUUAAUACGGUGUUUCUCCUUAUGUAAAUCAUGAAUUAAGGGAGAAUUCUGGUCUAGAAACUAACUCAUUAAGUUGAUGAUUUGGGUCGUCUGGUUAAAAAGUUUCACGCACGCAGCAUGUCUUCUAGCGUGUAAUGUCUCCAGGCCACUUUUGAUUAAGGCAUUUUUUGAUAAAAAGGCGGAAUUUUUUUAUUAAAAGCAAAGUCAAAGAGCAUUUAUUGUCAAUAUUAACUUAAAAGUCUUAAAAAAGUUUCUAAACGUAGUACAAUUUCAUAAACAGGCCAAUGGCAAUGUUCAACCGUCCCGCCGCAGGUGUGCUUGCGAGGUUGGUCAAUGCCAAUGUUUGGCCGUGAGACGAGUAAUAUUGACUGAAUCAUUUAGCGUUAAUUGGUUUCUAGUUGAAACAGUGGCAUGUCAGCACCGCGCUAUAAACCGCGCUCCGAUCUAGCAGAAAACCACACAAGUUUUUUUUUUAUCAUAACUUGCUAUUGGUAAUAUAUUUUGCCUUAAUGUAUUGCCAUUACUGGCUUGAGGAGAGGAUUACAGCUGCCCGAUAAUCUAUGCUGUUAUAAGAAAGCAAAGAGACCGUUCUCAUAUUGGACAUAAACAUGUUAACUUGCGAGCGUGAAGGGGCUUAGAAAAUAAUCGAAACACCGUUUUAAAAACUCUUUUAUCGUUAGUAGUUGUCUUAUAGUUGUCGUAAAAAUACAACCCUCGACUUUUUUAUGACCCUCGACUUUUUACUCUCACCCUCGACUUUUUACCCUCACCCUCGACUUUUUACCCUCACCCUCGACUUUUUACCCUCACCCUCGACAUUGGACCCUCGACCCUCGACAAAAACCUAAACUCCCCUUUAACCCCUGGUCUUUGCUACUUCAAUCCACGGUUAAUGUGCUUCAAUAUAUAUUGCUUAAUUCUUCUCAGUUCCAUUCACAGCUCACUAGUCGCUGCGAGUAAUCACUGUGUCUGUGCUUGAUAUAAUUUGUGCUGCUUACUGUAGUUCUAUUUGCUUUUAAUGCCCGCAGCAAUCCCUACCUUGCAGGUACCCUAGUUAUAGUUCUAUUAAACAAACCAAAAGGAACCAACACGGAAAAUUACUUGCGCGAAUUUAAAGCUGCGCGAACAAGUUUCGCGAAAUUGGAAUGCGCGAAUUUAAAGCUGAACGAAAAUGAGUAUACGACGCGAAUUUUAAUACAAGUAAGGUAUACAAUACAUGGAUUUGAAACAUCUAACCAUAUAUUUAUGAUACGUUAUCCCAGGAAACAGGCUCAACUGUUGUAAUUCUAAACUCUGUUAGUAAACAUGUAAACUACAAUAUAAUAUAUCGGAGUGUAACUAUUUCUAUAAAUUUCAUUUACACUACUCACUACUCUUUAUAGACUACAAUAGGUCUACAACUAAUAAUUACAUGAGCAAAGUCUAAGAUAUAAAAUAUAUAGGAGAUUAACUAACAUAUUUCUUAAUAUAAACACACAUGGCAUGCCAAUGGCUAUCAAAUAGUGUGAGUGGCCAUUGAUAUUGUUCUGCAUUUUUAUAAUAAUACGUUUUAUCAGCAAAUAUAUGGUAAUAUAUUCGAGACGCAUGAACUGUGUAAAAUUCGAUAUGUUAUUUACAUAUUUAAUAUACUAUUCAUGAGACUGACCUGACACGGAGGUGAUUCAAACAGCGCUAUCUUCACAGUUCACAUCGCGGGAAAUGCAAAUUAUGCCAAUAAUCGCACACCAAAAGCUUUCGAUCAGAAUUCUUUCGCGCACCUUUUCGUCAAAUGAAACAUGUUUACAUUCGUUCAUUAUACACAGAAUGAGAAGAUCGUGGAGUCCUGUAGAAGCCAUAUCUUUCUGCUUGGAACGAGCGGCGAUCGAUUAAAAUUUACCGACUAUUCGAUUACAACGAGGAGCCGACACGACAAUAACAAGCCAGCAUCGCUCUGAAGUCGAUGCGACUAUUGCAAACAGUAGCAUUUUGCCUCAUUCUGAUUGGCUUGCUUCGUCUGACCGUAGCAAACCAAUCAGCACGCCGUAUUUGCGAAUUUUUGCAACGGUCAGUUUCAGUCUGACCACUGUAAAAAUUUCCAAAUACAGCGCUAUGAUUGGUUUGCUACGGUUAGACGAAGCAAGCCAAUCACAAUGAAGCAAAUGCUACGACUUCAGAACGAUGUGAUAUAGUACUAGUGCAAAACCCGCAAAUACAGGCAGUAUUUCGGGCGGAAAUUUGAGAAAAACCCGAAUUUAAUUAUCCAAAAUGAAAUAAAAACUCGAUAAAAUUGUAUCAAUAUGAUUUAGUAAAUUUUAAAAAAACUGCACCAAUUUUCAAUGAAAAAUUGAAAAUAACGGCAAUUAAAAAUAGUAUAACGUUUUAGUUUUUAAUAACUUUAAAAAAGGUACAACCUGGAAAAAUAUAUCUCAGGGAAAAUCUGACCGUAGCAUAUGCUACGGUUGCAACGGUCUGAAUCCGCCCCUGUUAAUAAAAUAAAUAAAUAAUGAACAGACACUGAAUCUAGCUGCGAUCGAUAAACGAUUGUGUGCUUUCAGCGGUUCAUAGAUAUAUAAAUUGAGAUUGCCAACUUUCCAAAAAGGAGUAAACAAAUGUAAACGUAACAUUAGACUUGAAAAAGCUGUCGAAAAGCACAUGGAAUCGAGCGAGUUUAAAAUUUGUGUUCUGCGCAUAGGAAGCGCGCACGACCACAAUUCCAUGCGCUUAAUAGAAUUUAGUUCAAAACCCCCUCUCUGCAUAUGUUAGGCUGCUGCUACGCUCGCUCGCUUCAGGCUCGCUCCGCAGCAAUAACGGCUUAUUGACCGAGCGUGAGGUCUGUACUGUGAAAUAUCAGAUCGAGUUUUUUAGUAUGGACCGAGCGACGAAGGAGCGAGGUCCAUGGCCAUGCAAAAAACAGAGGUCUGAUAUUUCACAGUACAGACCGAACAAGCGAGGUCAAUAAUCGGUUUAUUAUAUGGCUGAACUGAGUCUGUGAGCAUAUGCUUUUCGCGCGAAUUAAAUCGGCUAUCAUCAGUUCCACUGGGUAACAAUAUACGGUAGGAAUGCAUGCUCAAUCAAAAACAUUUUGAUUGUUUGAAAUUUUUAUCUGUAAAUUUUAAUGACACACAAUUGGAAAAUUAAAAGGCAAAAAAAAGUUCUGUUUGCAAAGCAAAAAUUUCUCGCCAGAUAAACGACAUCCGGGACACCUGUCCAGAUACGGAAAAUACGGACCACGGUCCGGAUAUGGGUUUUUACGGACCGCUUGUCAACCAAUCAGAAUAGAGAAUUUUGCCGAAAAGCCAUAUAAUAAUAACUAUUAUUAUAUGGCUUUGCAGAAUCCUGGAUUUUGAUUGGUCGACGUGCGAUCCGUAAAAUGCGUAUCCGGACCGUGGUCCGUAUUUUCCCGUAUCCGGACCGGUUUCCCGUAUGUCAAUUUGACAGGCUCGAAUUUGAAACGUUUUUACACGUUUAUAAGGUCGUUAUGUGAAGAAAAAGUAUCCUUGAAUCAUUUUUAAGAAUAAGAAGUCUUGGAAAUAUUAAUAAGUACUUGUACCAACACAAAUUUCAUCGAAAAAGCUAAGAAAACAAGCCGUUUGAACUCUUACUGGCAACCGUAAGUUUUGGCGGGAAAUUUUUUUGAUUUGUUUACUUGUUUCAAAAAAUAAAUAAAGAUGAAUUUAACGUCUUUAAUACCACAUUCUAAACAAAUAUCAUAUAAACUGGGUUUAUAAACAUUUUUUCUGGGGGUGGGGGUUACCGAAAAGUAGUUCUAAAGCGAUUGUUAAACAUGCUUUUCCGUAAACAAUAUUCGGUGACGAAACCAAAUCUAUAAACGAAGAAAACUAGCAAAUAAAACAUAGCUCAAAAAUACCUUUAUAGCGCUCAAACAAAUAUAUGAAAAUCAGAAAAUGUGUUUAAGGAGCCAUAUAAUCGGUUUAUUAACCUCGUUUUGCUUGGUCUGUACGGGAAAGUAUUUGCCUUCGGUUUAUCCGCACAGACCUCGCUCCUUCAUCGCUCGGUCUGUACGAAAACCUCAGGCACGAAAACCUCUUCCCGUACAGACCUCGCUCUCGGUUAAUAACCUUUUAUUACAGUGACACAUAAUUAUUUGUAGUCCAACAUUUCAAAAAAUCAAUGAUUUGUUUACUAUCUUCAAGAGUUGCAAUAUUAUGGAAGUAUACAUAGCAGGAAUGUAAUGAUUAUCAUUUCAGAUUUUAAUACCUAGCUGAUGGUGCUUUUUAGGUUGGCGACCCCAAAGAUGCCGUACGCAAGAUGAUCCGUGGCUUGUUAAAAUGGAUCAUUAAAGUAUAUCCAGCUAGCAAACUUUUCAACUAUAUCGCAGACGGACUGAAAUCUAAGAAUGCUAAAACACGGACGGAGUGCUUAGGGGAAAUUGCGUAUUUGAUAAGUAUUUAUGGUGAAAAUGUUUGUCAACCGAGUCCAGCAAAAGCGCUGCCUGCUCUAGCCGCGCAAAUUGCGGAUCGAGACAAUGCUGUCAGGAGUGCUGCUUUGAAUGCUAUUGUGGAAGUCUAUAAUCUGAUUGGAGAGACCGUGUACAAAUAUCUUGGAAGGGUAAGAAUACUUUAAAGUGUAUGGGAACUCCGAAUAUGAUUUUUGGUAUGUGUAAUAUUUGGGUGAUUCGAAGAAGAAAUGUAAUAUAUCUUUAUAACAAAAAAUCCCAUCUUGAUCAACCUUUUCACUGUUUCGGAUAUGAUGUCAUUAGGUGAAUUGCAAAUUAGUUUUCCUUUGUUUUUUGUACCAAAAAUUCACCUAAUGACCUCAUAUGCGGAAACUUUGACAGUGAAAAAGUUAUCACAAUGAGGUUUUUUACUAUAAAGAUACAUUACAUUUCUUCUUCUUAGACUGACCCAAAUAUUACACAUACCAAAAAGUAUAUUUAUCAUUUAUAGACCCGGAGCGAGGGGGAUUCGGCGUAAUAUUUCCCGAAGUGACGAUAUUUUCCGAGGGGCUUUGCUCCGAGGAAAAUAUCACUGAGGGAAAUAUCGCCGAAUCCCCCGAACGGAGGGUCUAUAAAUGAUAUAUUAUACCGAAAGUUAAAGAACUCACUAAGUUCAGAAUAAACGUUAAAACUUGCUGAAUAUUUAUAACUACGCGAAUACAAUUUUUAAUUUCUUAUGUAUACCUGAGUUUUUGACGUUUCCUCUUUAAAAUAUUUGAGCAUGUAUCCUUUGUAUCAUUAAAGGUAACAUACGUCUUGAAAAUCUUUAUUUAAAUCAAAUCUUCUGUACGAGAAUAACGAAAUUACAAACAACAGCUAGCGAACGCCAUAUUGUUUCAGAGCGUGGUGUCCACGCGUGAGCGUGGGAUACUAUAAUAGAGAGGUUAAGAUACCCCGGUUUCGGUAUACGUGUACGGGUAGCAUGAUUUUGGUUAGCAAUAUUUUCGUCGAUGUCCGUAUCUUUACUCGUAAUUAAGGUGCACAUUUUUCGCAUUAUAUCAUUGUCUAUUGCAAGAAAACAGAAAAAAUAUGAUCGAAUUACAGACAUCAGUAAAACAAGAUGACACUACUCGUACCCGUACACCGAAACCGGGGUAUCUUAACCUCUCUAAUAUCCCACGGUGGAUCUGCCGUGGGAUAUUAUACGUAUCUCGCGCUGUAUUGAGAAAUCAUGAAUUUGAGUGAAAUACCGUAAAAAAUCACAUUAUCACGUGGUACAAAUGCUGUUUUUUCAUUGGACAAUUUGAAUUUGAGGUAUAAUAUUUGGGGUUGUAAAAUAUAAACGUCGUCGUUUCAUUGCAUGUAAACUUGAAUUUUUACUUUUAAAACAAUACGAUACGCGCUAUAAAAAGUUACUUAAUUAUUUACAACGCCAAAAUAAUUAUAUUGGAGCUAAGGGGAGGUGCGAAAAGUGGGCAUAUUUCGUUUCUUGAUGUGUUGUCUGCUGUCCCUCCUUUCCAUUUAAGGAGGGACUGCUCGCAGUCUAAUCACUGGAAGGAAGGUCGGUUAAGCGGACGUCAUUCAAAAUGGUGAGGAAAGGAAUAAGAGCACACGCGUUUUUGCCCCUCCUAACCUAUUCCUAGCAGGAGCAGGAGUUUUGACUGCCGGAGACGGAGUUUGCACAGCUCUAGUUCCUCAAAGCGUGGGAAUAUGUUCAGGUGGUUGAGACAGAACAUGAACUAUACGAUAUUGACAUAAAAUCAUGAUCAUAUAUACACGACGAUCUAGGGAACUAAAGUCCUACCUAUUAACAGUGUAUGCGUUAAUAGUCAACUCUCAGCCGUAGGGAGCUUAUUUUAAUACAAAAUAUAUAUGACAUGCUUAUAACAUAAAAUUUUUUGAAAUACCUAUAUAUAAUCUUUCAGAUUUCUGAGAAAGAUCAAAGCUUGUUGGAAGAACGUAUUCGUCGAGCUGGCAAAACUAAAGUUGCUGCUGAACCUGUUAAGCCAACAAACCAGCCUGUGAAAAAGUCCAGUGAUAGCAGUGCUCCUGCUGAAAAAAAAUCGUCGAAACCUGCUAUUCUUCAGACCAAGUACGUUUUUAUAGUUUAUAUAUUUAUAUUUGAUGAUAAAAACACGUCAACAACACUUGGGUGUGGUAUACUCCCCUGUUUUUCGUCACAAAUCCUUUCGACCGCCUCAUAAUACCCCACCAAAUAGCCCCCUAACUCAAGUGAGUUUGGGGAGUGAAGUUUAGUAAGGUAUAUAUGCUUUGGAUCGAAUACAGAAAUGUAAUGAAAGUUCGGUUCCCAAGUUCACUACAUACUUGACUGCUACUUGACCACUCCAGAAAAGAUACAACUGAUGGAGCUAUCUCAAAUAAAAAUCAUGAAUAUUUAAUGAUGGUAAAGAAAGGAAUCACAAGUGUGACGGCAACUGGACAUGUGAUCUGAUCUUAAUUAGCAUAGAAUUUCAUCACCUUUGGAGGGAUAUGGCAAUAAAAAUUAACUUGGUCUUAUUUGAAAGAAAAUUUAAAAUUAUAUAUGAAGACCCUAAAACAACUUUUUCGUACCUUGCUUGGUUUUCGAAAUAUUUUAACCAAAAACAGUGUGCAGUCCGCCAUCUUGGUAUUAUAAUUGCCCUAAUUAACCGAGUUUUUGAUGACGUCACAAGCAGGGUAAACUUGUUGAAACUUCUUCAUGUGGGACUAAAUUUCUUCGAAAAGUUUCUUUUAAAAAUUUUUCUAUCUUAGAUCUAAUUCAGCCUCAACAGCUCCGUCUGUUCAGCAGUACUUUUCAUUGGAUUUUGAUAAGAUUGAGAAGACGUCUGGUAGUUCAUCUAACGAGAUACCAUCAUUAGUUGCCAAUGAUGAUGUGGAUGAUUUACUCAAAGAACCUGUACCAACACUACCUCGGACGACUGGAAGGUAUAGAUUACUGGUUUUGUUCGUGUUAGUUGAUCAAUGGGUAAUUUCCACGCAUUCGACAAAGACGAGAACAUUGGUAAUGAUGUACCGAUAUGGGAAUUUAACGAUAUUCCGAUAACCGUAUUGGCGGAUACCAAGAUUCUAUUUCACUUGGAAAUCACCAUUGGAGUUGGAAAAUCCAUCAUAACAUAUAUGAGUUGAGAGUGGUCAAUCAUGACCAAGCGUCGCCACGUCGGUCCAAAAAAAAUAUUUAUUGCACGCUGAAAUAACGUGCAGCUACCGGAUAUUGAGAAUUAUCUGGAGAUUGUUGACCAAUCAGGAACAAAAAUAAAGUUUGAAUGUGUAAUAAUAUCGUAUAUUUUUUCUUGUAGCACUUCGUCUAGCAGUCACGGUCGAAAAAUGUUUUCACCUAGCAGUUCGUCAGCUGCAGUUGAUUACUGCGUGUCGCAGAUUGCGAGUAAUGAAAUUAAAUUAGCAAUCACUGCAUUGAAAGAACUAGAAGAUCACUUCAGAAUCAAGGGUCCUGCUGUUUGGUUGAAACAUCUUAAUCAAGUAAGUUCUUCCCACACAUAAGAGAGUUGCGCAAUGCGCAAACAUCGAGUCUAAAAUGCACAUGCUCGAUCAAUAAAUAUUCAAAUACACCUUUUCGAUAAUGGACCAUUUGCAUUAUAGACUAAAUUUUGAUCUAAACAAGUCUAGACAAAAAUUUCAUCACAGCUUGAAAGAGCAUCACAAAAUUAGUAAUAUUCCCAAGUUUCGUUGCGAAAUGUUGUAAAAUGCGGAUAAUAUAGCCUUGCGAAGUUUGUCGUUUUUCAGUCAUUUUGUAUUACAAACGGGAAAUUGACAGCCCCAAAGGGUAUUGGGCCGUCAAUUUUCCCCGAUCAAAAUUUAGUCUAUAAGGCAAAUGGUCCAUUACGUCACAAGUACCUUCCUUGCCCUGGGAGCCUCGCUCUCGUGAAUCAUGAGAACGAUAAUUAUUAUUUUUUAAACUUAUUUAGACACAUGGUGGCCUUUCAGUUGCCUGAUUCUCGAAGGGCCAUGCGGUUUACAUACCUAUUCACAAAAAUAGUUCCGAUAAAUAGUUAUUAGGUGUUGCUUUCCUUAAUGCCUUAAAUGUCAAUAGCUGUUCACGAGAACGCCAAUUCAUGAGAACGAGGUUCCUGGCCUGGCAUUUGCAACAUAAUUAUCGAAAGAGUGUAUUAUGAAAUAUUUAAACAUACUUAAGAAUAUGAAUAUAAUAUUUCAAAUCCGACUAUGAGGACUGGACUAGAUUUCAAGUCCAUGCAAUAUAGUUGGCUAAUUUACUCAUGAAUUAUUAAUAAGUUUGAGAUUAGACAAGGAAGAUUCUUGCAUGUAACCGUGACACGCAGAAAAGGGAGUAGUAAAUGUUUACACGUUCGGUUGCGCGCUUUGACUUCUUUUAAGACAAGGUGUGAUAAAUUACGUUUUUGAGGUACGUCUAGGCUCCUCCGCACGCAACUCGGUGGCCAAAGACAGAAAUACGUAAUACUGUAUGAUGGGACUAAGGUGCUAUUUAUAUGAUCUCGGGUACUAUAGGGACACCAUACCCUCCGAGCUACCCUGGGAGAGGCAGCAUUAUAUUCAUUAUAUAACGUUUAAACGCAAGUGUUUAUACGGAAAGUUUUCAACUCGUCUUGGCUGGUAGGGUCACCAUGGCGGUAGGGACACCCUGUUUACGAAACAGGGUUACCCUUGUAGGAGGGACAACUUUUGUCCAUCUAAACAGUUUGUCUCGGCCUCCAUGGAUAACUUUUCAUUCCCUGUUUCCCAGGCCUUUCAGGAGUCACAAUCUCGUACUUAGAGCCAUUCUCGUAGGAGGGGAUACAGUGCCAGGGCUAUAAAUGUUUCUCAUAUAAACGUGCGGUAAAGUUGUCUCUGAUGCUAUAGGGUGUCCCCAGUGUCCAAGAUCAUAUAAAUAGCGCCUAGGAAAUGUUGGAUGUCAAUUUUAGGAUUUGUAUACGCAAAUGUGUCCCUUAAUUGUUUUAUAACUCGUAGUUUGAGGUAACUGAAUAAAUACCUUUCUGAAACUUGUACUUAUGUAUGUCAUUUUAAAGACUAAAUACACCUUGAGCCUUGGGUUUGUAGCUAGUAGCAGUUAAGUACGACAAUUCAAGAUUUUCAGCCGUACCUGACUGGUAUGUAUGAAAUGUAAACGCCAUACCUUUUGCUUGUAUGUUAUUUCCAUGCUGUUAAAGGACAUAUGACUCGAAAAUUGACGUUAUUUUUUAGUCUAAUUUGAAAGAUCAGUGAAAACCGUAGAUUAACUUCUUUGACAGAUUUUUGUUUUCUUGCUUCGUUUGGGAGAUAUUUCAUUUUGUAUGCAAAGGACCAACUUUCUACAUCAUACAUGCAUAAUGACUUACUUUAAAAUGUAUAAUUUUGUCACUAUCAAAUAAAUUCGCUCAAAAUGAAUGAUGAGCACGAGAUUUGUCCACAACAACACCCAUGUAGGUUUUCUGCUGAUUGUGUUUAGUCGUAUUAAAGAUAUACAGCUUCUAUGUCUAAAUCAUUAUGCAUAUGUGACGUAGGAAGUUGGUCCUUUGCAUAUCAUACAAAAUUAAAUAUCUUCAAAAUGAAGCAAGAAAACAAAAAUCUAUCAAAGAAGUUAUACUACAGUUUUCAAUGAUCUUUCAAAUUAGGGACCGGUCAUUAUUUAUGGUGGGGGGUGGCACCGAAGAGAAAUGUUUUUCGUAGCAAAAAUUUUGCUGAUCCAACCAUUAAAAAGUAAAAAAAAAUUAUUACCCAACCUCAAAUAUCAAUUAAAAAAUAAAUACCCACCCCUGGCCAAAUAAUUUACAAAAGGUACCAUUCAGUUGUCACAUAUGUCCUUUACCACUUCUGUGACAUGAGUUUGAUAACGGAUUGUGAAAUUUUCUGCAGUCUAAAGUUUCAUCAAUUGCUGCUAUUUUGCUAGCAAAUCCAUGUAUAAUAAACCCGGGUGUUUUGCAAUCAAAAGUGAUGCAACCUGGAUAGUGGAAUAAGUUGAUUACUGUAGGCACAAUUUUUGGCCACUUAAUAGUCAAAGGUCAUGCAUAAAUAAGAACAGUCUUUAAAGGGGAAGUCAAGUCCGUUCUGCGCAUCGGUUCUGCGCAUAACAAUGUGAGGUCCUCUAAUGUGAACAUUGCCCAAAUUUCGAAUUUUUCUGAACAUAAACUUUAUUUCAUAUUCAUUUAGAAGCAUAGCGAAUCAAAAUGGUGUUAGAUAUUCCGACAAUACAUCAUAUUUUAAAAAAUACAGCAGUUCAAAAUGUAAACAAACCGUUUGUUUACAUUACGGACUUGACUUCCCCUUUAAUAUUACCGCCUUACGGAGACUUUAUAUUAAUUGUGCUACUCUAUAGGAUCUAGAAGACCCAUAGGUCCCAUGCUCGACUAGCAACAUAAUCAAGUUAGUUAUGUUAAUUCAUUAUAUAUAGGAUCAAUGUUAAAGGCAAGGUGGGCUAUAAGCUAUAAUAAUUUGUAUGACUUAUAGAAGACUAAUUGCUGCGAAUAAAUUGAAUAAUGAAUGUAGCACAAUAUUAAAUAGUUGCAUGAUGACGUCAAAGAAACUAGUCAGACUACAUUUGCAAGUUUAAUUGCAACUCUCAAUCUCUCAUCGCUUAAAUUCCCCAUACCUGAAUACAAAAUAAACAGGAAACAACGAUUACCUUUUGCAUACCAUAUAUAAAACGCAGUUUUCAUCCUUUCUAGAAACUCACUUCCUGAACUUUUGAGCGCAAAAUAUGUAUUGUAAUGUAUUAAAAAUCUUUAAAAAUGUAUAUCAUAUUCACAGCGGUUAAUACCAUUAAUAUAUCGCGGGCGUAAUACAAAACAAAACACGAGAAUUUUAAAAUGUUUUGAUUUGCAAAUAAAUAAAUAAUAUUUGAUGUCAUAAAAAUUUUUAAAUUUAACUCAACACAAACUGGUAAGUUCAUGACAUGUAUAAUUUACUUAUAUGUUGUUUUAUUAUAUGGAUAUGAGUAAAAUACCGUAAAAUACGCCACUGAUAUUUCCCGUAUUUCACUGUAGUGAAAUAUGAAAUCAUAUCUUACGCGGGAACGUCUCGCGCGGGGCCCACGCUAAUUCCCGCCAUUUUGCCGUUUCUGUUUUGAAUAUUCAAUAUGGCAAAUUCUCGACAUUUUGUUAAUGUUUCCGACGCUGAUUUUGCAAGGUUUUCUGAAGAAAAUGAAAAUAAAAACACAAAAAGGAAGACUAAGUUCGAUUUGGCGAUCUUCAGCGACUAUUUAGCCUCUAUAAACGAGCGGAGAGACAUAACAUUGUUGCCGUACGGUGAGCUACAAAACAUCUAGUUGAUGAAAUUUAUUUUGGCCAUAUAAUAAAAAGAACAUUUCACGGUGGCUUUGGAAAUAUGACUUUUAUUUUCUCGUGCUGAAAACAAUAUUUUACUCACUCGCUGCGCUCGUUCGUAAAAUAUUGUUUUCACCACUCGAAAAUAAAAGUCAUAUUUCCGCGCCACCGUGAAAUAUCCUCUAUAUAUUGCAAUUCUGUACCCUACUCCUUUGAAAAUUGUUUGCAAUUGCAUAUGAUGUGAACAUGUGGUCAUGUAUUAUUGUAUUUAAUAUAGUUGUGUCAUGAAUUUAAUAAAACCCCAAUGGCUUCGAAAUAGACAAUGGAUGGAAAAAGUCAUGAAUAUUGAGCUUAUUUACCCUUUAAACACUUGAUCGUCAUGCGCAUAUAGUGUAUUGUUUGUUUCCAGAACCCCCUCAAGCAGACUUCAACUUUUUUUUGUUAAAUUGUAUAUUUUGCUUCAUACACUGCAUAUGUGUGUGUGUGUGGGAACACUCAUGUUUGGAUGCUUGGCAUAGGUUAAUGGUAAUUUCAUUGGAGUCAUGAGGGAUAUGGUUGUAUAUUCCUGAAAUUACCUCUUAAGCACCUAAAACAGCAUUCCCUAAAAUUUUAAUUGUUUUCGUACAUUGCCCUAUAUUGCUCAAACUCGCAUUGCUUAAAUUGCAGAUUUUGCUUAAAUCACCUAAAAUUGCUUAAACUCACAUUAUCUCGUUAUCGCCCCAGAGUAGGGCCUACUGUUGCCAUUGCUUUUUAGUCCCCAAUACUUCAGUGAGUCAUGCUUUGGAAAUGACAAUAAUUUUUUAUUACCCAACCCUUGAGUUGUUUUGUUUUUCAUUUACCCAACCUUUUACUUACUCAAAAUUUAGUUUACCCAACCUUUUUCUCUUCGGUGCCACCCCCCACCAUAAAUAAUGACCGGUCCCUUAGACUAAAAGAUAACAACGUUAAUUUUCGAGUCAUAUGCCCUUUAAAAAUAUGUAAUUGUUUCUUUAGUUUUUGAUUGCUUGCGUUCUUCAACUACGGAUGAUCCUGUCCACGCACCUAGUGUCAGAUGCUUAUCAGGAAGAAGACGUAAUCAACGUGUACAAAAGUAUUUUUAAUAACUUCUUCGCCCUUCUCUUGGAGCCGAUGCUAGCACGGGCAAUUCCGAAAGAAAUUCUCAAAGAUGUGAUUCAUGUGAUGAUCAGCACGUUACUAGACGAAAACCUAAUUAAACUUUACGAAGGUCCCCAAGUUAUUCGAUGUGUAAAUAAGCUGAUGUUAUAUAUUACGGAGAAACCAGAUAGAAAUCAUGUUCUUGGGUAAGUAAAUGUAUUGGUAAGAUGUUUAUCAUUUGUAGGCGCGGAAAGAUUGGGAUAUUGCAAAAUAUUUGCCGAGGUCGAAACCCCGGGAAAUAUUGCGAAAUAUUACCAACUCAAAUUGGUUAUUUUAACCAAUAAGUUUUUUAAGUGGAGUAAGUGAUAAGUGUUCGAGAACCAUCGGCAAAAAUUGUGGUCCAUUAUUUCAUUUUCAGCGCCAUUAUAUUUAUCGGCCAUUUAUAAUUUAUUUCUUUUUUUCUCUCUACCAGUUCCUUGAUCAAGCUGCUUCAGGACAGUGUUACACACUAUUCCAGCACUCCGAAGUUUGUUGAUUUGAUAAUGAAGGUCAGUAUACUUUCGUGAUGUAGCCUAAUAAAAAAGAAAAUUUGGUGUGCGAGAAUUUUCCGUCAAACCAAGUUAUCUAUCGGACCCCUCGCCCUUAAGUAUAUGUGCUGGAAUUUGUGGUUAGUGCAUCGCAGGAACGCUGGUUCAAUUUAUGCAAGAAGUCAGGGGUGGAAAAAGUAUCGGAACCUGGGAACCUAGUUCCCGGAAUUUUUUUGUGGGUUGAGAGUUUUGCAGAAAAUUUAUUUCAACAUUUUGAGAUAACUCUGUUUACUCAACUUACGAGUUAUAACUCUGUUUACUCAACUUACAAGUUACAACUAUUCUACUUUAUUUACACUGUACACACUAACAUAAAACACCGCGUGAUAGGACGUGCCUGUUUAAGCUCCGCUAUUUACUGUACUUAUACUGUAUACUGUACACUGUGUAUAACCUUCAAAAUGCUUACAAGCAAACGAGUAUAUUAUUGGAAUGGAUCUCUUAACGAACUGAAGUCUUAUAUCGAAGAUAAUCUGUGUUGGAAAGGGGUAUGGAAGUCUCCUGGCGGUGGCGUGAAACAAUUCGUUAAUACGAACUAUUCUUUCAAAUGGCACGGCCCUAAGAAUAAAAUGUUAUCGAUUGUGCAAGAUGAUGAAGAAAAUGCUCUUAGUAAUGCCUUUAAAAGACUAGCUAUAACUGAAGAAAGCAAUUUAGGAAAUUGUGAUAUUGAGUCUGAUCGAGAAGUUGUUAAUAAAACACUGGAAUCUUGCCAGGAUUGUUCUAAAUCGGACAUUGCUGUUGCUGAAUUACAACUUGAUGUUGCUAUGCUCUCAGCAUUAUUACACAAGAAUCAGGAAACAAUAUCUUCCCAAUCUACUCGAAUGCAAGAGUUCGAUGUUUUAAUCCAGAAAUUAAUGUGCGAUAACAAGGAAAAGUCGAACGAACUUCAAGUAAUUAAAGCGAAUGUAUGCGAGUUAAUUAAUGCAAGAGGAAACUACAUUCAGAUAAACAAGGUCGAUGCUCAAACAAGGGUUAGCGAAGGUAUACAAAGGUCUGAAUUGUCUGUCCCUGAAGUCACACACAUGGGAAAUCGUACAACAAUUGCUGAAAGUAUACAGUUCAACAAUAAUAGUCCUUGUCGUGUGAAAGAAUUUGCCGCAGACGUAUGUAUUUUAGACUGUAAGGAAAACGAUAAAAGUAUCUCGGACAUUAGCGUAAUCAUGCAUGAGGAUAGGCGAACAAUAGAAACUAAUCAACCGUACAAAAACGAAGAUAAAAGGCCGAAACCUCAUAAUAUAAAUUUAUGUAAAAAUGCAGCGCCUAACCUUUCUUCCGACGUCCGCAAUAACGAUAAGCAACAUGGCGAUUUACAUACAUCUAAUACAUCCUUAAAUAACAAUCCCAAUAAUGAAGCUCCUAGCCCACAACGACAAAACAUUACUAUUCCCGUUCGCAUUACUAACAGAGGCCAUGUAACACCAAAUCGGACAGAAUCCUUUCAAACCCGUAAAAAAUAUGUCCGAAGUUAUGCCCACAACAAUCAACGAUCUAAUGGCGGGCCAUUGGGGUCUCAUUAUGGACCGUUGUGCAGUACGAAUCUGAAUGAAUCUAAUGUUGAUUUUUUUCGUACAGUACCUGUGCGGAAACCGAAAGAUCCUUGUCUGCCCCGGAAAAUAUCGAGAGACAAAAUCCUAUUCUACCGGUUUCAUUACUAGAUAUACCAGUGCAAAAUAGGAAAUCACGCUAAUAAACAUAACUUAAUUCAAAUUCCCAUACAAACUAAUAUAAAUUCAAAUUCCCGGCCUUCUUUUACUCGAUCCCAAACUAACGUCUCCCAUAAACUCAAGAUUGCCCACCUGAAUAUUAGAUCAUUGAGGAAUACGUCACAUCUUAUAGAGACCAAGGAACUUGUAAAAUCACAUAAAAUUGACGUCCUUACAAUGUCCAAAACGUGGUUAAAUAGUACAGUUACGAAUGGUGAAAUUGCAAUUGAUGAUUAUAAAAUUUACAGACUGGAUAGAUUACAUAAGAAACCCCUCCAGGGUUUCCGCAUUUGUCAAAAAAGGCUUAAAAGUAACCAUAUUAAACGAACUAACAUAUACAUCAGAAUCAAACUUUCAACAACUUUGGAUUAAGCUUCAAAAUAAGAAAAUGAAGACAAUAAUAAUUUGCGUGACUUAUAGACCUCCGGACUGCCCCCUCAAUUGCAUUCAGGAUGAUUUUAGACAAAAUUAUGUUCGGGCAUUAUCUAUGAAUAAACCAAUUUUUAUUCUUGGUGACUUGAACUGUAACUUACUUAAAGAUUGCCCAGAGAAAAGAGCUAUUACAGAACUUUGCAAUGAUUUAAAUCUUGAGCAAAUAAUCAAGGAACCAAUGAGGAUUACAGACAUGUCGCAAUCGCUCAUCGAUGUUAUACUAGUUUCUACUGAAGCCGUAGUCCUUGAAAGCGGAGUAUUAGAUUCUGCAAUCAGCGAUCAUUUUCCAAUUUACGUAUCAACGAAGCUGAAGGUUCCAAAGACACCACCUACUUACAUCACGGUGAGAAGUUAUAAAAAUUAUGAUCCCACAGCUUUCUCUUCUGAUCUGGCUACGAAAUCUGAUCGCCUUUUAUCCAUAUUUACUGGAACAGAUGUAAAUACUAAAACUGAAGUCCUUAAGGAUGUUAUUCAGUCAACCUUGGAUUUACAUGCACCAAUUAAAACAAUCAAAAUUAGGAGCCGCUCCAACACAUUCGUUACGCCCGACACGGAAAAACUCAUGAAAUCUCGAAACAAACUACAUCAGAGAUUUCUUAAAACACGUUGCAAGCGGGAUUGGGAAAUGUACACAGAAUCUCGUAACAAAGUUAAAGUUAUCCUUAAGGAGGCAGCAAUAAACUAUCUAUCUGAUGAAGUUAAAGUCCAUAAGAAUAAUCCAGUUCUCUCUGGAAAAUAAUUAAUAAAACUAUACCUGUAAAAGAGAAGGAAAAACAUAUCUACACGAAAGACCUCAAGUCGAUUGUUGAAGAUUUUAAUAACUACUUCACCUCAAUUGGAAAAAUCACCGCCGCUACAGCAUUAGAUCUGGCAAACAAAAACAACAUUGCAUUAUUGGAUCCUAUGUUGAACUCUGAAAUCUACCCCACGGAUCAACAGUUUAAGUUUAAACCUGUUACUUGUUCAGUAAUUCGACGAAUUAUUAUGGCAAUGCCCAGAAACAAAUCACCGGGGCCGGAUAAGAUCAGCAUGGGUGUUAUUAAAGACUGUCUACCAGUCAUUCUGGGCCCCCUUACGAACCUAAUUAACAGUUCCUUAACGUUAGGCAAGUUUCCAGAUAAGUGGAAACUAUCUGAAGUAAUACCAUUGCAUAAAGAUGGCGAUCAAGAGAUACCGUCUAAUAAUCGACCCCUUUCACUUUUAGAAGUUCUAUCAAAGGUCUGUGAAAGAGUUGCACUCGACCAAUGUAGUUCAUACAUAACAGAAAACCAACGUUUAUCACCACAUCAAAAUGGAAAUAGGAAACACCACUCUACAGAAACUUUAAACAUCUUCAUUACGGACAAGAUGCUGGAAGCCAUGGACAAAAAAACAUGUAACAGCCCUCAUUUUAUUGGACCUGUCUAAGGCCUUUGACAGCAUCAAUCAUACAAUCCUAUUGCAUUAGUUAAAAUGCGUAGGAGCGUCUCCGCUAGCCAUUCAAUGGUUUGAAAGCUAUCUGUCGGGCAGAUCACAAUACGUACGAAUAGGAUCUAGUGUUUCCUCAACUAGGGCACUAACCCAUGGAGUGCCCCAGGUCUCUAUUCUUUCACCAUUUUUGUUUGGAAUUUACGUUAAUGAUCUACCAGCUGUAACGGUUUCAAGUGAUCUCGACUCCUAUGUUGACGAUUCAAAACUCCAUCUUGCAUUUCUUGUCGAAGACGUACAACAGACAAUAGCUAACUAGAAAACGAUCUGUAUAAAACCGCUAAAUGGUGCUUGGAACAUCAAUUAUUAAUGAAUCCUGACAAGACCAAAUUCCUCUUAGCAGGCACAAGAUCAAUGCUACAGAAUUUACCAACACAAAUCAAUCUGAACUUUCUGGGAAAAACUCUUAAACCAGUUUCAGUUGUCAAAGACUUGGGGAUGCACCUUGAUUUACAUCUUUCCUAUGAUGACCAUAUUUCUAAACUGUCGUCAACGUGCAUAAACAAAUUAUGUCAAAUUAGUCAAGUAAAGGAGAGCUUUGAUAAAAAAAACACUUUAAUAUUACUUAUUGAAGCUUUAGUGGGUGAUUAACAAGUUGUUAUAUAGUUCUUCGGUGUGGGCUAAUACCUCAUCGAAAAAUCUAAAGAAAUUGCAAACAGUCCAGAACUUCGCAUGCCGAAUCAUCACGAGUAUUAAAAAGUUUGACCAUGUAACACCAGGUCUUCAAGAACUUAACUGGCUAUCUAUUGAAAACUUACUUAGGAGAGCUUUGAUAAAAAAAACUUUAAUAUUACUUAUUGAAGCUUUGGUGGGUGAUUAACAAGUUGUUAUAUAGUUCUUCGGUGUGGGCUAAUACCUCAUCGAAAAAUCUAAAGAAAUUGCAAACAGUCCAGAACUUCGCAUGCCGAAUCAUCACGAGUAUUAAAAAGUUUGAGCAUGUAACACCAGGUCUUCAAGAACUUAACUGGCUAUCUAUUGAAAACUUACUUAUUUACAAAGACACGAUAAUGACUUAUAAAUGUCUGAACAACCUUGCGUCAAGUUACCUUAUUCAUAAUUGCCAGACUAGAAAUAACUACUGUUUAAAUAUUCCAAGCUAUAAAACUACUGCAGGGCAAAGAACAUCUCAUUAUCGCGCAGUUAAGAUAUGGAACGAUAUUGAUGAUGAACUGAAAAAGAUUCCAGAACUCAAGGUUUUUAAGAAAAAACUAAAAGAACACCUUUUAAAUUCUUAGUAUCAUAUAUAUGAAGGUUUUAAUAGACAAUCAUAACUUAGAUUUUGAAUAGUAUAGCAUAGCUUUAUUUUAAAUUUCGUAUUGUAAUUGUAAUUGUAUGCUGAAAAGCCCUUUGGGGAACAUACAAAAAAUUUUAAUAAUAAUAAAAAUAAUUAUAAUAAUCAGCAGCCUUUUAAAUAUUGCACAGAAAUUAAUUCUUUUACCCACCACCCCUGCCAUCACAAUGAGGUAAAAUGGUAAAUAUAUGCUCUGCAAAGUCUCCAAUAAAAUUCAAAUUAAAUAGUAAACAAAUAAAAGUGAUGGAAUAAAUAAGAUUAUAGGACACUUUUUAAAUCCUUACUAGUUGGUCAUAACUGUGGUAUAUAACAGACAAGUAUUGCGAUGUACGAGCAUACGAAAACCAGCCUAAAGCUUAUUAUUACUAAAAUACAAAUAAUACAAUAAUUAUGCAUUUGUUUUGUUAUUUUUGUAAUUGUAACAUUGCACAUUUUACAGAAAAUUUCUAGCCUUCGACCCAGGUUCCCAGAAAGAAAAAACAAUGUUUUCACCUCUGCAAGAGGUCUUAUAAUUUUCAUCCUAUCUUUCCAGUGCACAUGGCGUGUAACAAGAAUGCUGCCUGCUAGUAUUCAAGAACUCAACUUAAAUCAAGCUUUACUUGACAUCCAUCUGUUCAUCGAUGCUCACCCGACAUCAACGUGGAAAAACCGACCAGAUGACACUCCAUUAAGAACUGUCAAAACUAUUUUACACUCUCUGAUCAAACUGAAAGGCGAGCAGGUAAAAAUAAAGUUUCGUUGA